CAUUUUCAACGAGUAAAAAUAUAAAAAAAAUUUUAGUUAAAAAUUAUUUGUAAAAAAAAAAAUUAUAAAAAAAUAGGAAACAAUAAAAAUGUGCCUCAAAGAAAUAAAACCUGAAUGUUGCAUUGAACAUGAACCUCUGCCAGCUGAUAUUGAAUGUCUGACUCCAGAUAUCUGCCAGGAAUUGGGCCGUUUGUAUUACCUACAUCGUCAGUCAUUUGUAAAAAAUCGCCGUAUUAUGGAAUUGGCUAAAUCGAAACCAAUAAACCGUGUUCAUCGCUUUGUAAAUAGAUGUCCCUGUUAUCUAAAGAAAUCUAUAGAAAUCAUACGUUUAGAUCAGAGAGCGAAUACCAGAACGGAACAGUUGGCAUUUCCCAGGACAAGGCACUUGCUUUUACUAAAAGAGCAAAUUCGCAGCCUUUUUCCUGCUACUCGGAUUUUUAAUUUAAAUCGUUUAAUACGCAAAAGUCUAUUUUCAUUAUAUAGUCGUUUGGCUAAUGUACAGCCGCCACUGGAAAUAAUAUUUUUCAGAAAACCAAUACCGAAAUGGGACAGCUCAGAAUGGGAAAAACAUACAAAGAUAUUAAGAAAAUUGGCCAGACAUAAAGUCGCUCUAUCAGCACCUGCAGUACCUGUCAAACGGAUGCCUCUAAGUCAAAUGAAACGUUACAAGUACUUGGCCAAACCCAAAAAAUCGUAUUUAAUUGAAAAGGCCGACUGGGUGUUUACACUUGAAAUGCGAACACAUAAAACUUCUGAACGUACUAAAAGCCUUGCCAAACCUGUAAUACGAGAUACCACAAUGCUAUACCAAGAGCUGCCCAUAAAAAUACCAUUUGGAGUACUAAAACAUAAAGCUUCUAAACGAACCCUUGAAUUGGCCGAACCCAAUGCCAGACGAACUGCACAAUCGGCACCAUCCGAUCUGAAAGAGAAUCCCUUUGGUAUAUCACCGAAUGCUCUUAAGACUAAGGCCUCUAAGCGCACCAAAGAAUUGGCCGAACCGAAAGAGUAUGAAAAUAAACAUAUACGUGAUGAUCCGUAUGCCAUUUCGAAAGCGGCUCUUAACGCAAAGGCCAAGCCGCGUACUAUUGAGCUGGCGCAGCCCAAGAAGGUUUAAUUAAGCAUAUUGUUUUAAUGUUAAGUUUUUUAUUGUUGUGGUAAACUAA